UGCUUUGUUCCAUUUUAGUACUUCUAAUGUAUUAGACAAUCAACGGUAAUGCUUCCGAAUUGUCUUGACAACAUUUUCAAAGUACCCUCAACUUUAUUUAAAUCUUCCUAAUUUCUUAUUUUCAUUUAAUCGUUCCUAUGACUUGUAGUCUUCUAUUAUAUAUUUAUAACUGUCCAUUGCAACGCUUUUUAAUAUGAAGUAUUUAAGUUUCACCGUAAUUAAAGCUAUAAAAAACAUAUUUAACUAAUAAGACAUUUGGAGGAGUAUAGUAAGGCAAAACAAUGUUCCAAAACAGCACACUGCAUCCUCGAGGCGGGUUCUCAAGUGGCUGGUGUGCUACAGCAGCAGCGAUGGCGGCGCUAGCAACUGUCACCAUUGUUGGUAACGCAGCGGUGUUGAUCGCGCUUCGUCGCGUGCGCACUGCGCCGGCGCACUACCCGCUGGCCAGCCUCGCGACCGCUGAUCUUCUGGUCGGGUUGUUUGUGCUGCCGGUAGCAGCUACGAGAGAGCUGUUUGUGUUUCAAUUAGACCCGAUAACCUGUGACUGCUGGAAGAUGCUAGAUGUGCUAUGCUGUACAGCAUCCAUCCUUUCUCUCUGCGCGCUGGGCUGGGAGCGGUGGUCUGGUAUCACGGCACCGCUGGGUCGCGCCAGACGGGCCAAGAAAGCACGACUUUACACGGCCCUGGUGUGGCCCACGGCUGUGGUAGUGGCACUGCCGACAGCCUUCAUACCGUCGCCCAAGUAUGUUAAUGCUGAGGAAAAGGCGUGUCCGGAUAACACUAAUGUUGGCUACGUAUUCUACAGCGCGACCCUAUCCUUCUAUCUGCCUGCUGUUGUGAUGUUGGUACUAUACGCCCGCAUACUCCUCGCGCUCUCUGUUCCUCCCAAGAUACGAGCCCACCGGGGAGGCAUGCCGUGUAUAGACUCCGUACAGGAGGGCAAAGCUUCUAAAACAGCGCUGACAAGGUGUGCCACGGCAGAGCCGAUUCGUACAUCGCAAAGACAACAAAAUAAUUCUAUCGUUCUCUCACCAAAGGGACGUCAUCUAAACCAACCAGAGAGCACGCCGGUCGAUGGCUGCACGGCCUCGACACCUUUAAAGCAUCCUGGUGCUCCAUGCACCAUCAUCUCCCGCCAGCGUCGUGCGACGCGGACCAUCGUCAGACUAAUGGGCUUGUUUCUUCUUUGCUGGUCUCCUUUCUUCACUAUUCUUCCUAUAGAUUCCCUAUGCGACUGCGUGCAGGACUCCAUCUGGCAAUGGUGCACGUGGCUGGGGUUCACCAACUCUGCCCUGAACCCGCUGGUGUACGCGGCCGCCUCGCCCAGCGUGCGCCGCGCCCUGCACGCCUCGCUCGCGAGUACUGUGCGAGCUGACGUGCCUAUGACUCCUACACUACGGCAUCGAUGAGCUGGUAUCUCAAGAUGGCGGCAACUGUCAAAAUGGCGGAGAUGACGAUUGGCGGGCGGGAGAGUGUGGCCGCUCCGCCGAAGUCCUUAGCGUCGGGAGCGCAGGUCUUGCACGUGCAGCGACCGGACAAGCAGUAGCCAGGCUCGUCUUCUUCAGAGACGCACUCCUGUGAAGGUUUUAUAGUUGAGGUCUAUAUGUUCAAGAACUGGGCCCCAAUUCUGCUAUUUACAAUGGCCGAUGAAUGAAAGAAAAUUGACUUAAAUUGACAAAGUAACUAGCUGAAUCGGGGCCCAGUAGGGUACAGUUUUAUAAUCAUGACAUGUUUUCUUGGCUUAAAUGACAGUAACAAAGGCAUACGGGGAAAGAGGAUUGACUGUAGGUGUGACGUCAUCAUAGUGUUUAAGAUUUAUAGUGAUUAUGAGUGUGUAUAUUUAAGGUAGAAUUUAAUAAUUUAUUGUCGUUUGUAAAUAUUUUAUGGAUUGAUUAAAAAAUUUAAUGUAUGAUAA